ACUCUUGGGCACCCUCUCUGUCCCUCCCACCUCGAAUCUCCAUGACAGAAAUGACACUGACCAUAGGCACUUCCCUCUUCAAAUCUGGGCAAAAUAACUUUCUUCUUUGUUUACCAGGAUAUAAGAAGCAGAACAAUCGCCAUCUCCUAUCACUUUUAUAUUAGCAUGCGUUUGCUCACUCCUUAAGGACAACUAGGAAAUAAAAAAUGCUGAUUUCUGAAAUCAACUCUCAUACGCUUCACAAAUCUAGGUUCUAUUAACCUGCAAACUGCAGACGAGAAAAUCAAUACAGUGUUUCUCAACAAUCGUUGAUGCUUUCCACAGCCACAAAACAUUCUGCCGAGGAAAGUGAAGUUGAGCCCAUGGAAGUCACCGAAAGUCCUGGAGACAUUUACAACAUCAGCAACUCAACUCAGCUAAGCAUCAACUGCUCAAGGGACAGCGCAGUGAGCAGAGUUGUGUUCCCCGUGCUCUACACUGUGCUCUUCAUCCUGGGGUUGUUCCUCAACAGCCUGGCCGUCUGGGUGUUCUUCCAGAUCCCCAGCAAAUCCAACUUCAUCGUCUAUCUGAAAAACAUUGUGGUAGCCGAUGUGAUCAUGACUCUGACUUUCCCCUUCAAGAUUUUGCGCGACUCCAAGCUGGGUCCAUCAUACCUCAAAGUCUUUGUCUGCCAAGUGUCCUCCGUCGUGUUUUACUUCACGAUGUACAUCAGCAUCAUCUUUUUCGGAUUAAUAAGCAUUGACCGCUACCAGAAAACUAUAAAUCCAUUCGACAGGGCAAAACCUCUGAACCUGGUUGGCGUGAAGCUCCUGUCAGGGGCGAUCUGGCUCGUCAUGUUCUCGAUAUCACUGCCCAACAUGAUUCUGACGAAGAAGAGGCACGAAUCUCGCUCUUUCAAGUGUGCUGACCUCAAAACAGAGUUUGGCUUGACCUGGCAUGAAGUGGUUAACUACACCUGUCAGAUCAUUUUCUGGGGCAAUUUAACGAUAGUAACGUUUUGCUACAUUUUAAUAGCGAAAGAGCUGUACAAGUCCUACGCCAGAACCAGAAGCUCAAACCAGAAAGGGAGGAUGACCAUGAAAGUCAACGUGUUUCUCGUCCUAGUGGUGUUUUUCAUCUGCUUCGUGCCUUUCCACUUUGCCAGAGUGCCCUACACCAUGAGUCAGACCACUCUCUUCCGGUGUUCCCUGGAGACUGCUCUGUUUCACCUGAAGGAAACCACUCUCUGGCUGUCUUCCCUUAACUCCCUCCUCGACCCUCUCAUCUACUUCUUCCUGUGCAGUUCCUUCAGAGCCUCGCUCUUCAAAACGCUGAACUUAUCCACCCUUUCAAGGCCCAGUGUCGGGACUGCGGAGCAGAGGCAUGACACUGAAAACACUCAUUUGGGAGAUUCUAAUGUGUAGAAGUGAUUGACUGAUGUCACUGUGUUCUGUACAUUACAAUACAAGAUACUGUAGCUUGUGCUAACUCUGUUAACAUGCAUCACAGUAAAGAAGAACACGUAUGUUUGUUUGUAAUCUGUCAUUGUGAUGUGAAUUCCAUCUAAUGUUCAACAUCUAAUUAAACUAAAUUGAGAGUGUU